AUGGCAUGCCCCUCCAGAAUCGCCGGCGCUGCGCUGCGCAGAGCGCGCUGCUCACGCGUCCCGUUGCAGCGGGCCAACUGCUUGCGCCCUGCUACCCAGGUGCGCUGGACGGGGAGCACAACUGCAACCAGUGAGCCCCACCAGCCGGACAGCAAGGGCAACGUGAAGGGUAAGCCGGCUUCGUCUAAGACCGUUAAGUUUACCUCUGAAUCGUACCCGCAUUUGAAGCGCGAUUCCAAGUUUGCUGAGAUCACGCCGGAUCAUGUGAAGUACUUCAAGGAGCUUCUGGGGUCCCAGUCCGCCGUUAUCGACGGGGUUACUUCUGACGCUACCGAUGACCUUGAGGCUUUCAACAGCGAUUGGAUGCGCAAGUUCCGCGGCCACACGAAGCUUGUUCUCAAGCCAGGCUCAACAGAGGAAGUGAGCAAGGUUCUGAAGUACUGCAACGACAACAUGCUGGCUGUGGUCCCCCAGGGCGGCAACAGUGGAUUGGUCGGUGGCUCGGUACCUGUAUUUGACGAGAUUGUCGUCAACAUGUCCCGCAUGAACCAGAUCAGGUCUUUUGACGAGGUCGCGGGCAUCCUGGUCGCGGAUGCCGGAGUAAUCCUCGAAGUGGCCGACAACUUCCUCCAGGAAAAGAACUAUGUGUUCCCCCUAGACCUGGGUGCAAAGGGAUCUUGCCAUAUCGGCGGCAACGUUGCCACCAAUGCCGGUGGACUCAGGCUUCUGCGGUACGGUAGCUUGCACGGUAACGUGCUGGGUAUCGAAGCCGUACUCCCUGAUGGAACCAUCGUCGAUGACUUGUGCAAAUUGCGCAAGAACAACACCGGAUACGAUCUCAAGCAGUUGUUUAUCGGAGGCGAAGGCACGAUCGGAAUCAUCACCGGUAUUUCGAUUAUUUGCCCGCAAAAUUCGCCGGCCAUGAACGUUGCAUAUUUCGGUUUGGAGAGCUUUGAGAAGUGCCAGCAGGCCUUCCGUGAAGCCAAGGGCCAGCUGUCGGAAAUUCUCUCGGCGUUUGAGCUUAUGGACGGUCGCAGCCAAAGGAUUUUGAAGCAGGCAAUCAACAAGAAACUACCAUUGGAGGGCGAACACCCAUUUUACUGCCUCAUUGAAACGAGAGGAUCUAACCCCGAUCAUGAUAGCGAGAAACUUUCGGCUUUCCUUGAGCAUGUUAUGGGCGAGGAGAUCGUUGCCGAUGGCGUGCUUGCCCAAGACCAAACUCAAGCGGCUGAACUUUGGUCCUGCCGCGAGGGAAUUACCGAGUGCCUGGGCCACUGGGGAGGUGUCUACAAGUACGACAUGUCGAUUCCAUUGGAAGAGUUGUACCAGCUGGUCGACGACACGCGCGACCGCCUCACCAAGGCCGGCCUCAUUGGAGACUCGGACGAAUACCCGGUGGUUGAUGUUGUUGGCUAUGGCCACAUGGGUGACAGCAAUCUCCAUCUGAACAUUGCCACUAGGAGAUUCGACAAGACGGUGGAGAAGGAGCUUGAGCCGUUUGUCUACGAAUGGGUAGCGAAGAGAAAUGGGAGUAUCAGUGCCGAACACGGGCUUGGCAUUACGAAGAAGCCCUAUAUUGGGUACAGCAGGAGUGAGACCAUGAUCAGACUGAUGAAGCAGAUCAAGGACACGUUCGACCCGAAGGGCAUCAUGAAUCCCUACAAGUACAUAUAA